GUAUGGGCGAUGUCGAGCACGGCAAGAUCUACGACUUUUGCAUUACAAAUCUGGUGUGCUUUGCUUACAAGCCUUACAAGUCUUACAAGUCUGUGCAAAGACUUGCAAGACUUGUAAGCAAAGCACACCAGAUUUGUAAUGCAAAAGUGCAUGAAAUCCCGGCAACAUUGCAUCAGGCCUUUAGCAUUGGUUUGCCCAGAGAUCGGCAGCCAAGUCUUUCGUGCGGCGCCCGAUCUAAGUGCAGGUUUCUGCGGGCCGUGCAAAGUUGGAGGCCCUGGUGA